AUGACGCUCCAGAAACUCCGAGUAUCUCUGCGUAUAGCUGUCGUGCAGCUGAAUCCUCAAAUAGGCCAUGUGGAACAGACUACCUCGCGGGCCUGGUUCAUGCUCGAGAAAUUAAAGGGCGAUUGCCUGAAGGACAAGCUAGGCCAGCCAGAUAUCGUGGUAUUCCCCGAGUUUGCCCUCACCGGAUACAACUUCAGCAGUCGGGGACAUAUCCUACCGUAUGCUUCAAGGGCGGGAGAGGGUGCAUCAUAUGCGCUGGCUAAGAAAGUAUCGGAGCUCUUCGGGUGUGUCACGGUGAUUGGGUAUCCUGAGCGAGAAUAUCAGACUCCGGAUACGCGGCUUUACAACUCCGCGCUGGUAGUUGGCAGCAACGGGCAGGUCCUUUUCAAUUACCGGAAGGCCUUUCUUUAUACCACGGACGAGAACUGGGGAUGUUGCGAAAACCCUGAGGGCUUCCAGCAGCUUCAGCUCACGUUUAAGCAGAAGGGCACAGAUGAACGAGGACGGUCCCACGAUGUGACGCUGGCUAGCAGUAUCGGGAUAUGCAUGGACAUCUCGCCGUACCGGUUUGAGGCUCCGUUCAACGACUAUGAGUUUGCGACAUUCAACGUGGAUAGGGCCACUGAGCUGAUAAUAUGUCCCAUGGCCUGGCUGCACUCGGUUUCAGUUACGAAGUACACGGAGGAUAUCCAGAGACAAAAGCAGCAUAUCGACAGCCUGGUACAGGAGCAGGAGCUCCCGAUGUGCGGCAUGCAGGGCAAUUACCAGUUUAACCUGCACGGAUCGAGUGCUCCGGUCGUUCGUAUAGCUAGAGACGAUCCUGAAAUCGAAGAGGACUACAAACAACUGGACCAUCCAGACCAGACCAAUGUGAACUACUGGAUACUUCGGUUCUUGCCUUUCCUCGCGCUGAAGAAGCGUGUUCAGUGGUUCUACGACCGCCUCCUACUACCAACGCUCAGGAAGUUUAAGCGCUUCCCGCGCUCAUAUAUUGGUGCCUCAGCAAAUAAGCCGUGGGAAUUUGAAAACCGCAACGCCAUCCUAGUUGUGGCUAACAGAUGUGGCAUAGAGGAUCGAUAUACUAUCUACAGUGGCAGUUCCGGGAUAUUCAAGUUUAAUGGCCAAUAUGGUAACGUGGAGCACCAUCUUGACAGUCGAAAUCUGAGUGUUGAGCUGCUAGGGAACUUAGGCAAGGGCAGAGAGGGAAUUCUCAUGAGAUCUGUAGAGUUCGAUGUAAAUAGGGAUUUAUGA